AUGCCGGCUCUCCCACUCUCAUACUUUUGGAUCCAGCUCACCAGCAACCCCCACAUCCAGGGCCAGCUCUACCUUGCUGCCCAGGAAAUCAUGUUGGGAUCCCAGGUUGGAAACCAGCAGUUGAGUUCACAGGUUAGCAGGCAGCAGCUCGAUCCCCUCGCAAAUACUUCAAGGAUAAAGCUGCAGUCCAGUUUGGAAGAGUCAGGUUUCACUCUGGGCUCAGCAACUGAUGAAGCCACCUGUACAUUCAGGGAUGCCAUGAAAAACAAUACCUUGCCCAAGCCCAAGCUUUCUGCUGAUCCUGUGCCCUGGAUCACACCUGGCCUGAGCACGUUCCUGCAGUGCCAGGGGAGAGUGCAGGGCGUAACCUUCCUGCUGAGGCGGGAAGGCGAUGAUUUCCUGGAGGUAGCUGAAAAAGAUGGUUUUCUGGAGGGAGCUGGACCUGAUGGUUUCCUGGAUGUAACUCAGGCAAGAUACAAGGAACGAGCGAUUUUUCUAGUCCACCAGCCGGGUAACUACAGUUGCAGCUAUCAGACUCACAGAGAAUGUGCCUCCUCUAAGCCCAGUGAUAUUGUGACCAUCAAGAAGUAUGUCACACCACUGCCGCCCGUGCUGACUUCUUCAGAAAGUUACAUAGUGGAGCCACCCCAGAUGGCCCAGAUGACCCUUUUCUGUGUGGCUCCUCUGGAUGAUGUUGAAUUUCAACUGAGGCAGGGAAAGCGUGAGAUGAAGGUCCCUAUGGUCAGCUCCAGCCCAGAGCAAGUCAGCUUCUAUCUGAAACUGUCAGAUAUGGGUGACCAGAGCCCUUUCACCUGCCGAUACCGUCUAAGCAGCAUGACAGCUUGGUCCGAAGACAGUAAACCCUUAGAGCUAAUGUUGAGUGAUGAAACACUACCAGCACCACUGUUCACUGCAGAGCCAUCAGCGAAACAGAGCUUUGAGCCUGGUUCGACGGUGCAGCUUCGAUGUGCCGCACCUACUGGCCUACGCAUUAAGGCUGGCCUACGCUUUGGCCUGCAUCUCGAAGACUUGGAUGAGCGCAGCCUGCUCGAGACAGUGACGUCUUCUGGUCAUGAAGUUGUCUUCCAGCUGCAAAACCUCUCAGCCAUAGACGCUGCCAGCUACAGCUGCAUCUAUACUGAUCUGGCACCACCCUUCUCAGGAUCUGCUCCCAGCGAUCUUGUGACUCUGAUGGUGAAUGAGCCACCUCCACCACCAAAGCUCCAGGCUCUAUGGACAGGUAAAGUGCCUGCUGGUUAUGAUGUUGUUCUACGCUGUGAGACUGAUGUACCUGGGGUCACCAAGGAGCUGCUACGUGAUGGCAAAGUUGUGCCCCACAGGGUACUUCGAGUACUGAACAACUACAGUGACCUGGGGCUGCAUUUUGUGGGUCCCCAACAUACCGGGAACUAUACCUGCCGUUAUAUCGUCUGGUGGCCUGAGCCUGUCUACUCAGAGCCCAGCAACCCCGUGGAGCUCCUAGUGGAAGGCCUCAGUGGAGCCUGA